AUGGCAACAAUCGCCCCACCACCACCACAAUCCCGCCUGGUGUCCUCGAUUGGUCUCCUGACGACGGUGGCCAGCUUGCCGCCCUCGUACAAGCUUCAGUAUGCAGAGACUCAGCCCCCCAGCAGCAGCACCACCACCACAACCACCCUCGCUACUGGCUUCGGUGACAGUCCGUUGGAUUUGACGGUGCGCCAAGUGACGGCAGCGGUGGUCACACCGGCACCAAUAACACCUCCGGCGACGCCGUCACCGCUUAAAAAACGCUACCGCGAAGACAAUCUGUUCAAUUUCCCCAAGGCCGACGAACCGGUGGCCAAGCGGAUAAAGUGUGAUGUUCCUAGCGCGCCUCCUCCUGCGCCGGUUGCGGAGGACAGGAGCAAGGAGCUAGCGACACCGGCGAAACCCAUCGGGGGGAAGAGUGGCGCCACGCAAGGGCCUCCAAAGAGCGCGAAAAACCCCCCUGCCGUACCGGCCCCGUCCGGUGGGGCGAAGGAACGCCGAGCCAAGGCCAUCCGGAAGCUAAAGUUCGACGAGGAAAACUCUUCGCCCGUGUCGGGCACGAUCAUUAUCUCGCUGGAGGAAGCGCUCAGUGGCGACUCGCCGCGUGAAUCUGGUGACAUCGAUCCGCAGUUCAAUCUGGUCGAGGUGUCGGACGAGGUGCGGGCGGAACUGGCCGCCAUCCCGAACGUGAUCGGAGGCUACAACUGCAAGCUGUGCCGGCAGGAGUUCGAAGAUGCGUUCGGGCUGGCGCAACACCGAUGUUCCUGCAUCGUGCUGCUGGAGUACCGCUGUCCGGAGUGCGGCAAACGGUUCAACUGCCCGGCUAACUUGGCAUCGCACCGGCGUUGGCAUAAACCACGCGAUCAGGUCGGCAAAAAGGGUGCCAAAGGGGAGCAGACGGUGUCGAGCGAGGCGGACGCAGGUGCUGCAGGCGGGAAGUACCGUUGCGACCAGUGUGACAAAACCUUCAAACGUCCGGCGUACCUCAAGAAGCACCAGCAAACGCAUAAUCGGCAGCACAGCAAGGCGGCCAAAUCAGAACCAAAAGCAGCACCUAGUCCGAGUAGAAGCGUCGACCAGUACCGCAGUGAAGACUCGAAUCACUCGAACAACUCCUACCAAUCCAACCAAUCGGCCAGCAGCGAGAAGUACGAACCGACUGUCGAAAGCGAAGCAAGAACCGAACCUCCACCACUUACCGUGUUCACGUUCACGACCACUGGAAUUGGUUCACCGGCCAGCGGCCAUCACGAGACGCCGUCAACCGGCGCGUACUACGGUCCAUCGCCUCCAUCGGUCGUGUCCUCCUCGGGGCGUGGUAGUGCUGCUCCGGAUCAGUACGACGAACCGGACAGUGAUUGUGAGGAGCGCACGCUUGUUAUCAACGAGGACUACCGCGAUGAGGACGAGGAGGACGAAAUGCAGCGCCAAUACCGGUCGUCAUACUGCGACCGGUUCACCGAGGAGGAGAAUCUGGCGGCGGCCGCCCUUGCGGGCCUCCGGAAUGGCCCAUCCGUCAUUCGCCACACGACGGCGCUGGUUGUGUAG